UACAAACACUUCUUCUCUUCCAUUCAUCAGCAUAUCCCAAAGACUUGAAGCAUUUUCAGACAUUACAUCAGAUUCUUUACCAUGAAAAUGGCAAUGAUCCUAGUCCUUGUCUUCGCUCUCUUUCUCCAAGGAGCUCUUGGUGACAUUGUAUGUGAGGAGUUGUCCGUUGGAUUGUGCUCUUUCUCAGUCGCGUCUACUGGGAAGCGAUGCUCGUUGGAGACUUACACUGCGAGUGAAGGAACUGUGGCAUACCAAUGCAAGACAUCAGAGGUGGUUGUGAAGAACAUGCCCGAAUGGAUUGAGAGCGAUGUCUGCAUUAGUGCUUGUGGUGUUGAUAGAUAUGCCAUUGGCAUCUCAUCUGAUGCCCUCCUCGAGUCCCAAUUCACAGCUAAGCUUUGCUCGCCAGGUUGUUACUACGGUUGCCCCAACAUUGUUGAUCUCUACUACAAUUUAGCCCUCGGAGAAGGAGUGUUUUUGCCGGGGUUGUGCAAGGCUCAGCGAACCAAUCCACGACGUGCAAUGUCUCAGAUCCUGAGCUCAGGUGCAGCUUCCGGUCCCGUCUCUGCUGCUGCAGCCGCUGGUGGCCCUGCUUCUGCUGAGGCUGCUGCUGGUCCAGCCUCGGCCGAGUCCCUUGCCUGUUCUCCUGCUUCUAUGUGAUCCAAGUCAAGUUACAGUAUAACAUGUCCAACAAAAUUACUUUGGAUUCAUCUAUUGUUGUUACAUAUUACAUAUUAUGUGUAUGCAAGUAAUACUUGUAUAAAUGAGUGUAUUUAUCAUUUUAUGUGUGAUUGAUUGAAAAAAAAUAUAUAUUAUUACCUUUUGUUGCUAGAUGAGA